AUGCCUCGCCCUGGGACCAUGAGUCAGGGCAUGUCCCCCGAUGACAAGACUAAAGUCAUUGUCUGGAUUGCGUUAGGGAAGCUUGGAUUUGACAAUGGACUUCUAUAUGAGAUGGAAAGCGGGCAGGAUAUGAGUCUAGAUGGCCAUGAAAAAAUAACAUUCUCGGGCAAGGCUGGGGGGGCUAGCCGUGCUGCUUUUACUGAGUAUGUGAAGCAAAGCGCACUAUCGCUAUAG